GUAAACUGCCCAGAUUGAGUUGCCUCUUCAAUCCCUCUUCACCCCAAAGACAGGUGCUGUCUCAGCUGUAACACAGUCGCUGCUUUGCUGAAGCUUCUGACGGGACAAAAAGAGCGAGAUAAAGAUGGGCAUACAUUAACUGAUGGCAGCUGUUAGCUCCGUGAGACUAGAAGUGUUCCAGUGACUGUGUGCACAUAACUUAGCACAUCCGUGCUGAAGUGCUGGACCCUGCCAAACCCUGAGUGAAGUUAGUGUGGCUGUGCUGUUUAAGAGCAGAGCAGAGCGGUAGAGACGUCUGCAUGUCGAAAGAGAAGCCCCGGGUCUCUCUUCACAGCAGAGUUCAGAAUUGCACUACAAUGUCUGCGGUGGCUUUUCUGCUGUGAGCACACAAAGGUUAUGCUGCCCAAAAGCUGUCUGAGUCCUAGUGAGAAAGAGAAGGGCUAAAGCCACAUCGAUCCCAACCAGCUUUCCCGAGCCUCUCCACAAGCGACUCCACUGUGGAGCCAUGAGCAACCCCAGCGCUCCCAACCAGAUUACAGACACGUCGGUUAAUCACAGUCCAGAGGCUCCUGCUGCCUCGGCACUACACGCGACUCCGCGCCCUGAAGAGGAGGAUGAUGGGGACCUGAACAAAGCCUUGGGAGUCCAGCGCUUCCAGCAGAUCCUCAGCCCCGCUGCUGCUGUACCUGAUGAACAGCACCACAACUACCAUGAGGAGGACAUUGAAUACCACCGUCACUCCUCUCACCACAUCCACAGACCCCUGUCCAAACUGCCCUCCGAGGGACGCAGGAAGAAGAGCAACAAGAAAAGGAGAAAGGACAAAGAUCACAAAAGCAGCCAUGUUCCCAGCAGUGGCCCCAUAGAGGAGGGAGAGGAUGAAGAGGAGGAGGAGGACGAGGGGACGGAGAAUUCUGCUCCAUCUGAGUCGGAGAAAGUCAAAGAUGUGGAGUUCUUCGUUUCGGAUGAGGACCAAGUGGCCAAACGUGGCAAAGACAGCCCUCACUCUGCCCGUGAGCUGGAUAUUGUGCCACAGUCUGGGGUGGGAGCAGAUACUGAAGAUGCAUCUUCCUCAGAUAAGCCGGCCUCAUCCGACGCUUCCAGCCUCUCCCCCCAGUCGGUGCCACCUGAACACAUAGCACUGGCCCGGGUGUCGUCCACCAGCCGCAGCUACGACCUGCAAGAGCGCCGGCGCACAGGCAACAUGACGGGUGCUGAGGAGGCCAAGUACCAGCGCAUCCCUACUGACGAGAUCGAGGCUCAGACGCUGGCCUCCGCGGACCUGGACGGCAUCAAGAGUCAUCGUUUCGAAGAUGUUCCCGGCGUGCGCAGACACCUGGUCAGAAAGAGCACCAAGGGUCAAGUGGUGCACACCGGCAAGGACCACAAAGAGCCGACCACUCGCAGCCGUAAGCAGGACCGAACCCCCCACGAGCCGCCACCGGUGGUUCUGUAUCGCUCUGCCUCGCGGCUUGAAGGCGUACUGAUGGACAUGAUGGGCUCCGGUCAAAUGGCUCGGUACCAGAAGGUGUUUGUGGAGCUGAAUGAGCUGACCAUGGACAAGAACCAGGAGAUGCAGUGGAAGGAGACGGCUCGAUGGAUCAAGUUUGAGGAGGACGUGGAGGAGGAGACCGACCGCUGGGGGAAACCUCACGUGGCCUCGCUGUCUUUCCGCAGUUUGCUGGAGCUCCGAAAGACCAUCUCGCACGGUGCCGUGCUGCUGGACCUGGACCAGAAGACCCUGCCUGGCAUCGCCCAUCAGGUGGUGGAGCAGAUGAUUAUUUCUGACCAGAUCAAAGCUGAGGACCGAGCCAAUGUCCUGAGGGCCCUGCUGCUGAAACACAGUCACCCGAGCGAUGAGAAGGAGCACAGUAGCCCUUUCCCCAGGAACAUCUCCGCGGCCAGCCUGGGCAGCCUGAUGACGCAUCACCACAGUGCCAAUCACAGCCAUCAGCCAGAACCGUCGGUGACCGACCCGCUCAUGGGCACCACCCACACCGCGGGGGACACAGAAACACGCAUCGACAUGGAGAAGAACGAGGUACAGCAGAAGGAGCCGUCCUUAGUGUCCGGUAUGCAUCGGUCCAAAUCCAAACAUGAGCUGAAGCUGCUGGAGAAGAUUCCUGAAAAUGCUGAGGCCACUGUCGUCCUUGUGGGCAGUUUGGACUUCCUGGAGCAGCCCACCAUGGCGUUCGUGCGGCUGCAGGAGGCCGUGGAGCUGGAGUCGGUCCUUGAGGUCCCCGUGCCGGUCAGGUUUCUGUUCGUCCUGCUGGGACCCCCCACCACCAGCAUGGACUAUCACCAGAUAGGACGCUCCAUCUCCACACUCAUGUCUGACAAGCAAUUCCACGAGGCAGCCUACCUGGCAGACGACAGGCAGGACCUGCUGAAUGCCAUCAACAGCUUCCUGGACUGCAGCAUCGUGCUGCCGCCUUCGGAGAUGGGUGGCGACGAGCUGCUGCGCUCUGUCGCUCGCUUUCAGAGGGAGAUGCUGCGCAAGAGGGAGGAGCAGGGGGUCAAACUGGCCAAGGAGCCUAAAAGCCUUGAAGAAAAAGAGGCCCUCCUCACACCCUUGAAAAAGUCAGAUGACCCUUUAAAGCGCACAGGUCGCCCCUUCGGUGGGCUGAUACGAGACGUGCGGCGUCGUUACCCAAAGUACCUCAGUGACUUCAAGGACGCCCUGAACAGUCAGUGCAUGGCUGCCGUUAUCUUCAUCUACUUUGCCGCCCUCUCUCCAGCCAUAACAUUCGGAGGCCUACUGGGUGAGAAGACGGAAGGUCUGAUUGGUGUUUCUGAGCUGAUUGUGUCGACAUCAGUGCAGGGUGUGAUCUUCUGCUUGCUCGGAGCGCAGCCGCUCCUCGUUGUGGGUUUCUCCGGACCCCUGCUGGUCUUUGAAGAAGCCUUUUACAGCUUCUGCAAAGCAAACGACAUGGAGUACCUGACGGGCCGCGUCUGGAUCGGGUUUUGGCUCAUCAUCAUCGUGAUCGUCACGGUGGCCUUUGAGGGAAGCUUCCUGGUCCGCUUCGUCUCCCGCUUCACCCAGGAGAUCUUCUCCUUCCUGAUUUCCCUCAUCUUCAUCUGCGAGACCUUCAUCAAGCUCGGCAGGAUUUUCAAGGAGCACCCGCUGACACAUUGCUCCUUCGACAACAGCACAGAAGCAAAUAUCACACAGGUUGUGAGCAACAGCACCCAACCGGAGAUGGUCCGAGACAAACCCAACACUGCGCUGCUCUCUCUGGUUCUCAUGGCCGGGACGUUUUUCAUCGCCUUCUACCUGCGAAAGUUCAAGAACAGUGCGUUCUUCCCUGGAAGGUUGCGCAGGAUUAUUGGAGAUUUCGGUGUCCCAAUUGCCAUCCUCAUAAUGGUCCUGGUGGAUUACAGUAUAAACGACACAUAUACACAGAAACUGAGCGUUCCCAAUGGUUUCUCUGUGACGAGUCCCGACAAACGUGGCUGGAUCAUCAGCCCUCUGGGUACAAAGGGUGACUUCCCCAUCUGGAUGAUGUUCGCCUGCUGUUUGCCCGCUCUGCUGGUCUUCAUCCUCAUCUUCAUGGAGACUCAGAUCACUACCCUGAUAGUGAGUAAGAAGGAGCGGAUGCUGGUGAAGGGUUCUGGUUUCCAUCUGGACCUGCUGCUGAUCGUGGUGCUGGGCGGCAGCUCGGCUCUGUUCGGCCUGCCGUGGAUGGCCGCCGCGACCGUUCGCUCGGUGACUCACGUCAACGCCCUCACAGUCAUGAGCAAGGCCGUCGCCCCCGGAGACAAGCCUCGCAUCCAGGAGGUGAAGGAGCAGAGGGUCACCGGGCUCCUGGUGGCCAUCAUGGUUGGUAUGUCCAUUGUGAUCGGUGACCUGCUGCGUCAGAUCCCCCUGGCGGUGCUGUUUGGUAUCUUCCUCUACAUGGGCGUGAUGUCCCUUAAUGGUAUCCAGCUAACAGAGCGGAUGAUGCUGCUUCUCAUGCCCCCAAAGUAUCACCCUGACCACACCUACGUACGCAAGGUCCGCACGCUGCGUAUGCAUCUGUUCACCUGCAUCCAGGUGGUGUGUUUGGCGGCCCUGUGGGCUGUUAUGUCGACCCAGGCGUCGCUGGCUUUCCCCUUCGUCCUCAUCCUCACCAUCCCCGUCAAGAUGUUCCUGCUGUGCCGCAUCUUCACCACCAGAGAGAUCGCAUGUCUGGAUGCGGACGACGCAGAGCCGAAGUUUGACGAGCGCGACUGUCACGAUGAGUACUCGGAGAUGCACAUGCCUAUGUAACACCGCACCAAGACCUCGUAUCACCACCUAACUUAUCUUAGUGAACACCAAAAUAUGUUAACUCACUCUACCGACCAAUGAGAGUCCUUCAAACCUGAAACACUCACGAUUUGAUGCCACAUCACUGUGCACCCUCUUCAUCAUCACUGAGACAUGAGCGUGCAGUAUGUCGGAGGUCGGGUUUCUUGUUACUUUGGUCCAACUUUAACUAUUUAAGUAGCUUUUUAUCAGAUUGUUUAUUUUGUUUUGCCGGUUACAGCACUAAAGAUUUAAACACAACAUGCGUGUGUUCACUCAUAAUAUACUUUUUAUAUACAUAUAUAUAUAC